CAAGGCUCGACGGUGGACUGUAAGAGGCAUCUAAGCAAGCGCGCUCAUCUAGAUGGGGCGACAAUAAGGACUGGUAGGAGCAAUGUCGAGCCGACCAGCACCAGACUCGAGCUCGACAGUCAGCUUGAGCGGGCAGUCAUCUGGACCAGUUCCGCCAGUGUGGGAGGAUGAUGCGUGGGGCAUCGAUUCUGACGAUGACGAGUUCGUAAAAGCCAACAAUGGUCGAGGACGAGGGAAUGCUGGGCCUUCAGGGAUGUCUAAACAAAAACAUGCGCCACCAGCCCGGCCGCAUCCUUUCCCACUAUCGGGUGAGAUUAAGCGAGGAGCCAGCUCCAGUAGCGUGCCUCGAGCCUCAGGCGAAGUACGUCCACAGCCGCUAGCUGGAGCCGAGGGAAGCAAAAGGACCUCUGGGGCAGGAAGUUGGAUGUUCGUGGAGCGCAGCGGUAGCAUGCCUAGAGCGUCACCGACACUCUCAGCUGCGGAAGGAGUGGCGUCAAGCUCAGCCCUGGAGUCAGGAGAAGAUGGAAGCUCAAUGACCGACAACCAGAAACCACGGGCGAGACGACGAACUGUAGGCGAGGGAGAAGGAGAUGUAGAUGAUAUAAGAGAUGCGCUGCAAAGCGAUCUAGACAGAGUUCUUCAGGAUCCUACCGAGAUGCUCGCUCGACUGUCGAUACAGAAUUCUCUUCCGGUUGGGUCUCCCGCUGCGGAAGCGAAAGAUACCUCGAUCAUCGACUCUGCUCUCGCCUCGAAAGCCUCAGUUUCGACACCAGAAGGGAAUUCUGAGGAUGCAGAAGUGAGCUUACCGCUUGCAGUCGCGGCUUCUCUGGAGAGGAAAUCAAGUGUGCGCAGCGAACGGAGGCGAGCUCGCUUUGCCGAGUGCUUGGCCGCCAGCACCGUGAAUAUGGAAGAGCUGCGACGACUGGCCUGGGCUGGGGUUCCAGACAAUGUUCGACCAGUGGUGUGGAUGCUCUUACUGGGCUAUCUGCCUCCAACGCGGGCAGUGCGAGCUUCGACUAUGGCAAGGAAGAGGGCGGAGUACCAGUCGGGCGUGAGGCUGGCCUUUCAAAGAGGUACAGAGUCCCUUGAUCAGGCCAUCUGGCACCAAAUACACAUCGAUGUUCCUCGGACCAAUCCUGGGAUUGCUCUUUGGCAAAGAGAAGCGACGCAAAAGGCUUUGGAACGGAUUCUGUAUGUCUGGGCCAUUCGACAUCCUGCGAGUGGCUACGUGCAAGGCAUCAAUGACCUGGCCACACCAUUUUUCGAAGUGUUUUUGAGCGCUUAUAUAUCCACAGACCCAGAGCAGUAUGAUGUUGGUCUUUUGCCACCUGCUGCCCUCGAGGCCCUCGAAGCGGACACGUUCUGGUGUCUGUCGAAGCUGCUCGAUGGGAUCCAGGACAAUUACAUUUUCGCGCAACCUGGCAUCCAGAGGCAGGUCCGUCGCAUGUCGGAGCUCGUCUCACGGAUCAACCCCUCGCUACACAGCCAUCUGGAGCAACAAGGCGUAGAGUACAUGCAAUUCGCCUUCAGGUGGAUGAAUUGUCUGCUGAUGCGCGAGAUGAGCGUGCGCAACAUCGUUCGCAUGUGGGACACGUACUUGGCGGAAGGACCAGAUGCCUUCUCUGAGUUUCAUCUCUUUGUCUGCUCCGUCUUUCUCGACAAGUGGAGCGCCGAGCUCUGCAAGAUGGACUUUCAGGGGAUCAUCAUGUUCCUGCAAAGUCUGCCGACGCAGCAGUGGAGCGCCAGGGAGACGGAGUUACUGCUCUCUGAUGCUUUUGUCAAAAAGAGCCUUUUUGGAGGGACUGCCCACCUCACGAAUUGACUUCACAAAUGUCACCACCAUCAAUCAAUCACCAGUCAGGCAUCUGAACGUCAUGGCGCCGCCGCUCAGCAAAAUUGUGCAUUGUUAGACACUCAUCACCAUAGGAAUGACUCAAACCUUUCGCAUAAGCCCCAAAUCUUACCUGCCAACACAAGCCUGUGGAUCUAGCUUCUCAAAUGGCCGUCAAACAGCAUUGUCACCGCCCUUGAAGCCCACCGUUUGCAUGCAAAACGCAAUUGUUCAUUCCACGAGGUGUUUAAAACAAAGAUUAUACGGAAUCAUGCAGAC